UCAGGCAGGGAACAGUCCCCUCGGCUGUUCCUGCCCCUUCCUGCAGGAGUCGCUGGAAGCACAGCUCUACUCUCCCGGCAGAACCACCGUGUGGCCCGGCAGCUGAUGGUGGUGAUCCGCCAGCAAGGGGACACCCGCCUGUCACGUCUGUGUGCCCUGUCCCGCUAUGACGCACAGAAAAUGUGCAAUGACGCCUUCGCCCUCAUCCAAAACUGCAACGUGGCUGGGGCUCACCAGGCAGCAUGGUCUCCACCACUGAUUUCAGUGCAACUCUCGGCAAGCAAGUUCUCGGAGCCUGUCACCCUCUCUACAGGCAUUGCCACCUUCCUGACGGCUGAUACCCAGCCUGAUGGCACUGCCACCACCAGCCAAAAUGCCACGUCUUGUGGGAGGGCUGGGGUCAAGUUCUUCAGGAGCCCAAGCAAAGAGCUUCGGCAGAAGCCAGCUAGUGCUAUUGAGUCAUUCUUCCAAAAGGCAGCGGCAGCAGCCAGCUUGCCCAGUGCUGCCUCUGCAGAGCCAGCUGUUCCCAGCUCCCCAGAGCACCAAGAGAGAGCUGCUGUUGGCUUGCCUGAUGGACUUGCCUCUGUGCAGUGUGACCUGGAGUCCCCUGUGAAGCAGAGUCCCAGUGAUGCCAGCCCUACUUCUCCAUGCAAGAGUCUUCCCGGGGAGAAGUUGCCAUCAGAUGCUACACUAACACCCUCAACUCCACCCAGCUCCAGGACCCUUCUGAAAUUACAACCAGCUAUAGAGGGAAAUGAGCAGAAUUUGCCACCCUCUCCUGAGCUCACCCUGCUGCCUCCUGCCUCUCCAGGGGACCAGCAGCGCUGUGAGAAGUGUGGCCAGCUUGUGCUGGUGUGGGAGUUCCCAGAGCACAUGGACUACCACUUUGCCCUGGAGCUGCAAAGCUCUUUCCUGGAGCCCAGCCCUCCCAUGGCUCCAGAAGCAGCUCACAGUGCAAAGCCUGUGGUUUCCAGGUCUCCUGCCAAGGCAAAGAACAAGCUCAAGACUCCUGCAGGAUCUAGUGCAAAACGACCUAAAGAAGGUGUGACAAGAACUUUAGAUUUUUUCUUUAAGCCCUUACCUCCUUAACUCUCAGCCACACUGGGUAUUUUUAAAGAAUCGGAGUUUUUAAAGAAGCAGUGUUUUAAAGAGCUGGUGUUUUUAAAUACGCUAAAAAGUUUUUAUACUGCCUGUCAGGUUUUAAUGCUGGAAAGCCUAAUAAAUUAUCUCCACCCCAAGUCUAAGGGGAACUGGAACUCAUGAA